CCCCUUCAUUUCCCCUUACUUCAUAUCUUCCAAAAAGCUUCCUUUUUUCUUCUUCUUCUUCUUCCCCAAACCCACUCCUUGCUGCCUCAUCUGUUACUGUUUCAUAUCUCAACAAUGGCAGCUUCAAGAUUCUCUCUUGCUUUGUCACUCGCCAUUCUCUCAAUCUGGGCCGUCGAUGCCGACCACCACCAUGCGGCGGCGCCGUCUCCUUCCUCCUCCGUGGACUGUUCCUCUCUGAUUCUCAACAUGGCGGAUUGUUUGUCGUUCGUGUCCAGUGGGAGCAAGGCGUCGAAGCCAGAGGGAACGUGCUGUUCCGGGUUGAAAACCGUGCUGAAAUCCGGACCCCAAUGCUUGUGCGAUGCUUUUAAGAGCAGUGCUUCUCUUGGUGUUUCUCUGAAUAUCACAAAGGCCAUGACCUUGCCCGCUGCUUGCAAAGUCUCUUCUCCUCCUUCUGCCACUACCUGCUCAUUGUCUCCUGCUGGUGCUCCAGGCAUGGCACCAUCAGCGAUAGCAGGUGCGCCGGAGGCAUUCUCAGGAGGAGCAACUGUGUCAGCACCAACACCGGCUCCCGGCAGCUCGGGUGGCGCUCCAGUGCUUACUGCCUCGAUCGGAGCUCUUGUCUCAGGCCUUGUGAUUAUGUUAAUGUGUAGCUACUAAGCUAUGUAUCUUAUGGUGUUCAAUUUAGUUUACCCUUUGGUUUUGAUGAUCCAUCCUUUUGAGUAUUAGUCUGAUAUUCAGAACUCGGAUUGUAUGUUGAUUUCCCAUUAAUAUUUCUAGUUAUCUCCAUGGUUUUGAAUUGAUUGAUUGUGUUUGUUGAUGAGGGGGAGGAUCAGUCCCCACCAUGUUAAUCUGUCAUGUGAACUCAUUGACGAGUGUUUGAGGACAACUGCUUUUCAUGGA